AUGUCAGAGGAUAACCAUGACCAAAAUAACUAUGACCAGGAUAACUAUAAUCAGGAUAACUAUGAUCAGGAUAACUAUGAUCAGGAUAACUACGAUCAGAAUUAUCAUGAUGAAGAUAGCCAUGAUCAAGAUACUGCAAAUGCAAGAAGUUCUGAAGAUUCUGCUUCUACAUUACUUGUACCAGAAGUAUCAGAGUCAUCCACCACUAAUCCAGCUGUCUGCAAUUAUUGUAAAUACCAACUAAGUCAUAAAAAAGGUACUGGAAUGUUUCAUCUUCACCGUCAUCUCAAAUCAUGCAAAAAGUAUCAAAAAUUGGUUCCAAAAGAUGGUUCAGCAGAACUACCUAAAG